AAUUUAUCUGCUGCUGCUGAGGGACAAACGCAAAGUCCCGGGACCAUAAGCUCUGUGCAGCGAGCAGUGACAAGAAUGUGCUUUCGAUUUUAAAUAUAAGUCUUCAGCUGCACCGUUUGCUACAAGAUUUUGUGUUUUACUUUUCAAAAAGGAGCGAGAAAAGGGACAGUGCUCUUUGAUAAGAGGAUACGGCGUUUUGCUGCUAAUGAAGAUUGACGAUCAGAAUACAGUAAGCUGCAGAUGGAGACGGGCUAAAACAUGCAGCUAGCCUGGAUUGCAGUGUUUCUGGAAAAUUAAGCGAAGAUUGCCAGCAGUUUCUAUGGAUAAAGACAUUUACAAGGACUUUGAAGAGCUGCCAAACACAGGAUCGACGUUCAAAAAGGCCAAAUCAUCUACACAAAUAACAUGGACCACCUAAAGUCGCGCAGUAGUGACGAGGAUGAAGAGCUGCACUCCACAGAUCCAGAGAGUAAAGAAAAGAACAAAGAUAAAAAGGUCCUGUGCAAAGUGAAGUGGUCUCGUGAUGAGGAUGAAAAGCUGAAGAAACUUGUCGAGCAGCAUGGAACGGACUCAUGGAAAUUAAUAGCAAACAUCUUUUCUGGGAGGACAGAUGGCCAGUGUCAGCACCGCUGGCAGAAGGUGCUCAACCCAGAGCUGGUGAAAGGACCCUGGACAAAAGAGGAGGAUCAAAAGGUAAUUGACCUGGUUCACAAGUAUGGCCCCAAACGCUGGUCUGUGAUUGCAAAGCAUCUCCAGGGAAGGAUUGGAAAGCAGUGUCGCGAGCGAUGGCACAACCAUCUGAAUCCAGAGGUGAAGAAGUCCUCAUGGACCCAAGAAGAGGAUCGCAUUAUCUAUGAGGCCCACAAACGAUUAGGGAACCGCUGGGCUGAAAUAUCUAAACUCCUGCCUGGAAGGACAGACAACUCAAUCAAGAACCACUGGAACUCCACCAUGAGGAGGAAGGUAGAGCAUGAGGGCUACCUGCAGGAGGGAUCCAAGAGCUUAAGCUCUAGUCAGACUGGAAGGAGGCGCCAAAGACAGUGUCCUUCUACACUCACAGAGCCUCCGAGCAGUGACACCAGCCCCCUCCCUGUACAACAGAACCAGACUGGUGCUUACCCCUUUGAUUCGCACACUGGGCACUUGAUGGACACAAAUAAUCCUGGAUACUUAUCACCGUCAUGCCUGGAUGACCCUGACAGAGAGAAAAGAAUUAAGGAGCUUGAACUGCUGCUUAUGUCAGCAGAAAGUGAAGUCCAUCAUCAAGUGCAGUGCAGAGGCCCUGGUAAUAUAGAGCAGUACUCAGCAGUCUGGUCGGACAGUUGUAGCAGCUUGGAGGACCAAGCAGAGAGAAGGUCAUGGGGGGAUCCCAAGACCCCACAACAACCCACUGCGCAUCCCCCCAUCUCCCCAAGCAAGUUCCUGGCUGUGGAGGCCAGCACUGUACUCUCUUCUUUGCAGACCAUACCAGAGUUUGUUGAGACAAUGGAGCUUAUUGACUCUGAUCCGGUUACAUGGAGUGACGUGACCAACUUUGAGUUGUCAGACACUGAGACACUGCCCAGACACAACCAGGCUGGCUACACAGCACUGCUGCAGGAAAGGACUGUUGAUACUUCAGAGAGCUACACAGUGGACUCCCAGGCGGCCUUAUGCUUACGCAACAAGGACCCCACCACAUUUGGAGUUGGCAGCUCUACAUCUCUGACGCCCAUUACCUCAUCCAAACCUCUUCACACUUCCUCUGGGAAACGGAGGAAAAGAGAGAGAGGGGAACCGUUGUCUGAACGGACCUGCAACUCCUUCCUGGAUAAUAUUCAAAAUUCACCCAAGAAAACACCUACGAAGUCCCUGCCAUUUACGCCAUCACAAUUUUGCAAUAUAUUAGGAGCAGAGCACUUGUAUCUGGAUACUCCGUCUCUCACAUCAACCCCUGUGUGCAGUCAAAGAUGUCUCCUCAACACGCCUGUACACAAAGAAACCACACCUAAGCAUGAGAAAGAAAAUGAAGGAUCCAGAACUCCUAAAUUUCGAAAGACUGUUAUGAUCCCCACACCCAGGACGCCCACACCUUUUAAAAAUGCUUUGGCUGCACAGGAAAAAAUGCAUGGUCCACUCAAAAUGGAGCCACAGCCACUGGCAUUUCUUGAAGAAGACAUUCGGGAAGUUCUGAAGCAUGAGACUGGAGCAGACAUUUUCAACCAAACAGAUGUCCACGCAGACUAUCAAACAUGGAAACACAGUUUGGAUGCUCCAGCUAGGAAGGUGCGCAAGUCCCUUGUACUCGAUCCAUGGGAAAAAGAUUGUCUAAAUGUACAACUCUUUCCAGAGCAGCUUAACAUUGCACAAUUGCCAGAUGACAGCUUACUGACAAGCUCAUCGUUGAUUACAAAUACAGAGGAGGAAGAGGGCAGUCGACCUUUGAACUCCUUAGAUGAGGAUUCCUCUGUUUUACCUGUAAAUCAUUUCAAGUCCCCCGCAGCUCAGAAAACACAGAAACACACUUUAAACGAGGUGCAUGAGUGGGAAGCUGUGGUUUAUGGAAAGACUGAGGAUCAGCUGCUUCUGACAGAACAGGCACGCCAGUACCUGAACCCCUACACCUCAAGAGCCCUCAUGCUCUGAACAGUCCACACUUCAGUGUCCCCAUACACAGUGAGUCCAGUAAGAGACAAUCCAGUCAAGAAAUGCACUGUCAAGGACAUUUGCAAAAAGCAUGGCUGCUGUUAUUGUGCUUGUGCAUGUUUCUAGGUCACUGCCCAGGUAAAUUUCGUGAUUAUAGAUGUGUUUUGAAGGUUUCUUUUGAAUACAGAAUUCACUACAAUAACAGUUUUGUACAGAUAGACAGGUAGAUUCUGCACUAGUGAGUGAUAGGUAGAUACUGACGUAUACUUUAAAUGUUAAUAUAUUUUAAAUGUAAAAAAAAAAAAAAAAAACUCAUUAUGCAUCUCUUCAAAUUCAUUGCUAAACUCCCAAUGCUGCAGAAAACUGCUUAUUAGACACAUCUUACUGGUUUGCAAUGCCUUAUUUACAAGUAAGGAGCAUGUGCACGAUUUUUAGAUGUUUGGGAUUAAUAGGACAUAGGUGGUGUUGCACUACUACUACUAAUAUAUUUUGCUGCUGAGAACGGUGUAUUUGGAAACUGGAUAGCACUUGUGAUGGACUAUGAUGUUUUUAACAGUGCAACUUUUCAACAAAACCAUAGUUUCAGUCAGACAUUAGUUUGAAUGUAUUUCAUAUUUUGACGGGAAAAACUGAAGGGUACCUUGUUUGUUUAUUUAUUUAUUAUCUGACAGCUCUAAAGCUUAGAUUUUAAUAUAAAUUAGACACAUAAUACAUUUUUAAAAGUUUAACUUUGCUGACAAAACAGCCUAAAAUCUACAUACACUACAACUUUAUCUGGUAUUAGUAAUACAUUGAAGAAUUUUAUAAUGCAUUUUGUCCUGAAAGGGUUCAUUGUUUUGAAGGCUGUCCAGUUAUUUAUUUAAUGUCUACUAAUUUAUUUAUUUUUUAAAAAAGGAUUUAAGAAAAAAUAUUAAGAAUUAUAUAGUCUCCCUCCCUUACUCCAUCACUGAGUUAGUCACUGUCGAUAUAAAACAGAAGUUUCUAUUCUGCAUUCAUGAUUAUUUUAAUUAGUUAGGGCCUGUUUUUCUUAAGUCAUACACUAGUCCAAUUAGAUAGCAAGACUAUUUCUGAUUCUGACCUCUAAUCAUAGACAAUUUGCACUUUUUAUCUAUUGUUUAUUGUACAUAUCUGAUGGUUUAUACAGGAGGAUAUAGCUGUUUGUGAUGUGCGGUGUUAGUUUGUAUUGUAACAUUGUUUGUGCUGUUAAGAUCCUGCUGCUUGGUUUGUUACGUCCUACAUCCAGUACUACCUUGUUUAAAAAAAUAUCAGUGCUUCCAUUUUGUAACCAUUUCACGACACACUUCAGCUCAUGGCAAAUUAACUGUGUGGCUUUGAUAAUGUAUUAUUACAUUUAAUUUCGAUUAUGUUGUCUGAAGGAGAGUAAAAAGGGAAAUCCAAGUAAACAAGGUAUGUGUUGCUCACAAUGUGAUGAUGAAGUUUUUUGUAUUAUUUUUGUAAUUCAUCAUACAGUAAGUUGUAUGUUUUUAUCUUUGUACAUUCCAUUUGUGAGUUAAAGUCAAUGAGUUUAAAAGUUAUUACUUGGCAAUGGCAUUGUGGGUGUUGAAGGAAUUAAGUAAUACACAAGAGUAGUUGCAGCCAUAGACUACUAUAAUCAUGCUUGAGCAAUACACUAAAUGCUGGAUUUAAUUAAGGCAUAUUACAAGUGUAACACUUUUGUAGCAUUUGCAGUUGGAAUA